UGAGAUCAGAAAUGUCAACUUGACGUGUUUACUUCUUGUCGCUGCGGUGGAGUGUGUUCUUUCGAUUGCAAUCGUUGAAUUAAUUGCUUUUCAGAGUAAACCGAGUAAAUAAAACAAAAUGGACUUUCAAAAUCGUCCCGGUGGCAAAACCGGCGGCGGUGGCGUAGCCUCAUGGUCGGAAACGAAUCGCGACCGGCGUGAACGUCUACGUCAACUCGCCCUCGAAACCAUCGAUCUCAACAAGGAUCCGUAUUUCAUGAAAAAUCACUUGGGAUCGUACGAGUGCAAAUUGUGUCUGACCCUUCACAACAACGAAGGCAGCUACCUAGCCCACACCCAAGGCAAAAAACAUCAAGCGAACCUUGCUCGUCGCGCCGCGAAGGAAGCAAAAGAAGCGCCCACCCUCCUGGCACCUGAAAAACCCCGAGUUGAACCUAAAAAAUUCGUAAAAAUCGGACGACCCGGCUAUCGGGUGACGAAACAACGCUGCCCGGAAACGGGACAACAGUCGCUUCUCUUUCAAAUCGAUUAUCCUGAAAUUUCGGACAAUAUCAUUCCCAGGCACCGUUUCAUGUCCGCAUACGAGCAGAAGAUCGAACCGCCAGACCGUAAAUGGCAAUAUUUGCUGUUUGCAGCUGAGCCGUACGAAACGAUUGCAUUCAAGGUGCCGUCGCGGGAGGUGGAGAAGACCGACGGGAAGUUCUGGACCUAUUGGAACCGUGACACGAAGCAGUUCUUCUUGCAGUUCGCCUUUAAAUUGGAGCCGAAGAUUAUUCCGCCGCCACCGCCGAAUCUACGUGUAAUGGGAAUGGGUGGAGUGCCACCUCCCCCUAGGCCGCCGAUGUUCAAUCCGGUUCCGCCGCCACCACCCAUGGGUGUGCUGCCAGUACCACCACCUCCAAUGUAGUUGUAAGAUUUUGUGUAACGUUUUGAAAUGGAAAAUAAACAUAAGAAAUCAA